ACGCAAAAAACCAACAAACAUUUUCAGCAGAAAAAAAGCAAAACAAAAUGAAGCCAUUCAAAGGUGUGUCUAGUAGACAACGUAAGCGCAAGUCGAAAUCCACAAAGGUCGAAGUUAAGCAAGAGCCUAUUAAGGAAGAGCCCAACGAUGGUGACGAUGUCAUGAACAUACCACAGCCGAGAGUUGAGGGAAGAUACCGUGCAAAUUACGAAGGACCGGUCGAUUUUGGGUAUGACUUUGAUGAGAUCAAAGAUGAAAUGAAAUGUGAAGAAGAAGAGAAGGGCAAAGAAAAAGACUCGGCACCAUGUGAACGAGCGAAUGACAGCGGCGCCAACAAUGAUGACAACGAACAGCCUAUGGGUGAUGCAAUCGAUGUGCAACCACCGCAUCCAGUCGGCAGCGUAAAGAAAUGGAAUGGAAGCUUCAAAGGACGAAAAAAACGAACGAUUCCCAGGAAUCAAGCGGCCAAAAAGCAGAAGAAGCACAAAUGCCAUGUGUGCAAUUAUAUGGCAAGUAAUAAGUUUAGCCUCAAAAUACACUUGCGAAUUCACACUGGAGAAAAGCCGUUUCAGUGUGAUCUUUGUUUGAAGUCUUUUGCACGAAAAAAUGAUCUGAACAGUCAUAAGAAGAUGCAUGGUCAAUUUCGAUGUUCAAAAUGCAAUCAAGGAUUUGAACAAGAAUCAUUCAAGAUCGAUCAUGAACGAUCGUGUAGUCCACGUCGAUUGGAAUGCGAUAUUUGCGGAUAUAGCGGUAUACAAAAAUCAAAUUUAAGAACGCAUAUGCAGAUCCACACCGGG